AUGGUGGCUGGGAUACAAAUCAAAACAUACCUAUUUUUCUGCUGUUGCAUCUCUCUGAACACCAUAACAUCAGAUCAUUUGCUGGAAAAUGAGGUCCACUCUAGUUUUGUACAACGGAGAUUGAAAGGUCAUCAACGCAGUGAAAUUCAAAGAGAAAUUUUGUCCAUUUUGGGUUUGCGGCAUAGGCCAAGACCGAACUUGCAUGAAAGAAAGAUGUCUGCGCCGUUAUUCAUGAUGAACUUGUACGGUGCUUUGACUGUCCCUAAAGAAAACGAAGAUGGAUUUUCAUAUAUUGAGAAACUAUUUCCCACAUUUACUACAGAUGCACCACCACUGCUAAACUUUCAAGAGCGAAACUUUCUUCUGAACACAAAUAUGGUAAUGAGCUUUGUUAAUCUAGUUGAGAAUGACAUAGAGUUCUAUCAAAAAUGGUUCCGCAAAGAGUUCAAGUUUGAUCUAGAUGAAAUUCCCCACGAUGAAGAAAUCAUCUCUGCUGAAUUCCGUUUAUUUAAAGAUCAUGUGCUAUUAAACGAAACAUUUCAGAUGACUAUUUAUCAGGUGCUUGCACUAAACCAGGACAGAGAUCCUGAGUUGUUACAGUUAGAUUCUCAAACGAUUAGUGGAUUGGACAAAGGAUGGCUGAUAUUUGACAUUACAGCUACCAGCAUUCAAUGGGUGACCAAUCCAGAUUGUAAUCUCGGUCUGCAACUUUCAGUCGAAACUCUGGAUGGGCAAAGUGUUGACCCAAGACAUAUAGGUGUUAUUGGCAGAAAUGGUUCCCAAGAUAAGCAACCGUUCAUGGUAACUUUCUUUAAAUCAUCAGAGAUCCAUCUACGUAGCAUUCGGUCAACUAGCAGCAAGAUACGGAAUCAAGAGAGAGCAAAGACUUUAAAAGAACAGGACAAUCCUCUCCUCCCUAAUGUCUCGGAAAGCUUCAUAAGCAGCACCUUGAAUAGUAACAGAUUUAAAAGACACGCAUGCAAGAGACACGAACUGUAUGUGAGCUUCCGUGAUCUUGGUUGGCAAGAUUGGAUUAUUGCUCCAGAAGGAUAUGCAGCUUUUUAUUGUGAAGGAGAGUGUGCAUUUCCUCUUAACUCACAUAUGAAUGCCACCAAUCAUGCGAUCGUUCAAACGCUGGUCCACUUUAUUAAUCCUGGAACUGUUCCAAGACCAUGCUGUGUCCCUACAGAACUCAUUGAAAUUUCAGUUUUAUUCUUUGAUGAUAACUCCAAUGUAAUAUUAAAAAAGUAUAAAAAUAUGGUUGUGCGAUCAUGUGGUUGCCACUAG